AAUCAACAGAAAAAGGAGCAACAAUAUGGGAAGAUCUCCUUGUUGUGAUGAGAGUGGCCUCAAGAAAGGGCCUUGGACUCCUGAGGAAGACCAGAAACUUGUCAAAUAUAUCCAGAAACAAGGCCAUGGAAGCUGGAGAGCCCUCCCCAAACUUGCAGGUCUUAAUAGAUGUGGGAAGAGUUGCAGAUUAAGAUGGACUAAUUAUUUGAGGCCUGAUAUCAAGAGAGGGAAAUUUUCUCGAGAAGAAGAGGAGACAAUUCUGAAUCUCCAUUCUAUCCUUGGCAACAAAUGGUCAGCAAUUGCUUCCCACCUUCCUGGACGGACCGACAAUGAAAUCAAGAAUUUCCGGAACACCCAUCUUAAGAAGAAGCUGAUUCAGAUGGGUUUCGACCCCAUGACUCACCGGCCUCGAACUGAUAUGUUUGCAAGCUUGCCUCACCUCAUAGCUCUGGUUAACCUGAAGGAGCUUAUGGAGCACCAGUCGUGGGAAGAACAUGCUGUGAGGCUACAAGCAGAAGCUGCUCAAAUGGCUAGACUUCAGUACUUGCAGUAUCUCCUUCAAUCUCCAGCUUCAGUUGCGUCUGCCUCAAAUAGCAUCAGUGGCAUCACAGACAUGGAAGCAUUUAAUCUCUUGAGUUCACUCUCUUCAAUCAAAGACACACAAGUUUUGAAUUCUUCCCAGUUGGAAACUCCCACCCCAUCUUCUUUUGGAGCUGGCCUUUAUUCCAUGCCCUUCUCUCGUUUGCCCAGUUUGGAAACCCCUUCCACCUUCGAAACACCUUCAAGCAAGGACAUGGCUCAGUCUUCUAACUUCACAGUGUUCAGCCAAGGUGAAACCUUGCUUAACUCUCCAUGGCUUCCUUCCGCUUCGUCGUCUUCUCAUGCUGCCCCACCUGCAACCGAGACUUCCAUCACCAACCCAGCAGACGCAUCUAGUUCUCCAAUCUAUGAAGGGGCCCCUCUGUUUUGGCCUGAUGGCGUCUUCAUUGAAGACCCCAUAUUUCGUGAGAUUGCUUAGUUUUAAAUACGUAUGAAAAGGUUUGCAGUUGCACCAUCAAACUCUUCACCGCAUGACACACACUCUCCAUUGUUCAUAGAAUCAUCCUCGAUAUACUCAUUAACCUAGUUAUGCAUGCGUUCACCUUGUGUUGUAUGUUUCUGAAUCCAUCCCAUGGUUCAGUUUUCUUACUCCUUUUUUUGUAAGUCUAUAUCAUA